ACAGCGGAGUCUCUGCCGCUCGCGCUGCCCGCGGCAGCUCCCGCGACUCCCGGCGGCGCCAGUAGCGGCGCCGUUCCCCUGCCCGCGCUUCUCCCGGAGGCACGGCGUGGGCACCUCCCGCCGCAGCGCAGUUCCCCCGCCGCUCGGGCUCCGGCCGUGGCACGACUCAUGCCUCCGGGCGCGGAGCGCUCAGGUGGGCCGGCCGCCGCGGGGAGAUAGGCCCCCGGGGGCGGCGGCGGCUGGACCAUGGCCCGGAGACCCGGGGCGCCGGCCGCCUACGGGGAGGACUUCUCCUUCGUCAGUCCGCUGGUGAAAUACCUGCUCUUCUUCUUCAACAUGCUCUUCUGGGUGAUUUCCAUGGUGAUGGUUGCCGUGGGAGUCUACGCUCGGCUGAUGAAGCAUGCAGAAGCAGCGCUGGCCUGCCUGGCCGUGGACCCUGCCAUCCUGCUGAUUGUGGUGGGCGUCCUCAUGUUCCUGCUCACCUUCUGCGGCUGCAUCGGCUCUCUCCGGGAGAACAUCUGCCUCCUGCAGACAUCCUCCCUCUGUCUCACCAUCGUGUUCCUGCUACAGCUGGCAGCCGGGGUCCUGGGCUUCGUCUUCUCAGACAAGGCACGGGGGAAAGUGAGUGAGAUCAUCAAUAAUGCCAUUGUGCACUACCGAGAUGACUUGGACCUGCAGAACCUCAUUGAUUUUGGCCAGAAGAAGUUCGGCUGCUGUGGAGGGAUUUCCUACAAGGACUGGUCCCUGAACAUGUACUUUAACUGUUCAGAAGACAACCCCAGCCGUGAGCGCUGCUCUGUGCCUUACUCCUGUUGCUUGCCUACCCCCAACCAGGCAGUGAUCAACACCAUGUGUGGCCAAGGUAUGCAGGCCCUUGACUACUUGGAAGCUAGUAAAGUCAUCUACACCAAUGGCUGUAUUGACAGACUGGUCAACUGGAUACACAGCAACCUCUUCGUACUUGGUGGUGUGGCACUGGGCCUGGCCAUCCCCCAGCUGGUGGGAAUCCUGCUGUCCAUGAUCCUCGUGAGUCAGAUCAAAGAUCAGAUCAAACUACAGCUCUACAACCAGCAGCACCGGGCUGACCCAUGGUACUGAGAAUCCAUCCUGCACCUCCUCGUUAGGGCAACAGGCGAGCCUCAUCAACCAACGGCAGUGGUUACAGCUCUCAGCACCACAUGGAGACUUGGGUUCCAUGCCCACAAGCGACGGCCCAGUGGGAAGAAGCAAACUCCAGACGCCAGAAGGCAGGGUACACGGGUGGCUCAAGUCUGGGAAGGACGUGCCUCCUCUCCCCAUCCUAGCUCUCAGCAUUGUCAUUUUGUAUUCUUUCUACCCUCCACCAUUUGGGUUUCUGUUCUUGUUUUGUCUGAGCAGAUGCUUGAGCAGCAGCAGUGGCACAGAGUUGUGGGGGCAACAGGCUUUCCACCGAAGCACUGCAACUGACAGACCUGCUGGGGCCGCCGCUGAGCUUGCCGCACAUACUCGCAUUCUGGCUGUUGCCAGCGCGCCCUGCCUGGAGUCCGGUUGGCAUGAUACCGGCUCCAGAAGGGAAGGGAGUGGAGCAGGCAGUGAGCGUGGGGGUCGGCUGGGGACAGUCGUAUGUGCUGGGGAGGAGUGGAAGACCAUGUGUUUACUAACUGCCUGUGCUGCCAUCCUCCCAGGUAGUCAGAGUGAGCUACAUCCUGCUCCUCCCUCAUUUCCAUGGAAACGUGGCAGCAACUGCAAGGGGUACAACAAGCAGCCAAAUUCACCCCGUCUCCCCUCCUUUAAAAAAUGUCUGGAACCAUGGUCUCUAUCUUCUGCAGCCAGCAGAGGUGGGACUGAGCCAUACAUCCCCUUGAACUCCACCCCUGUAUGGCCCUCGCUCUCCAGUAAGUGGGUUUCUUUUUUUUAACCUUGGCAGUGUGCAGAGAACGAGAGGUAACACCCCCCCGCCCCCCAUUCCUCUGCACCAGAGCUCAGUAUUUCUACAGUGUAAGCAGGGAUCUUGCUGGGGCUGGGGGAGCCAGAAAUGGCAAUAAAAGUUUGUUGACCUGGGCUAA